UUCGUCACUUUCGUCCAUUGGCACAGACCCGGCCUUAUCGCUCAUGUCCCAUUUCUGAUUCCGCUAAGUAACUGACCCGAGAAUGGACCUCUCGACACCUAGUGUACAUCUUUUAUUGGUUUACGCCACAGUCAUCAUUGUUGUCACCUGUCAAGUGGUCACUGGUCUGACAUGUAUGGAAUGUUCCGGUGUGUCCCUGCCUAACUAUUGUGUACAAACCGUAUCAUGUCAAUCAAAUGAGGACUGCUACACUGAGAGGGUAAUUGGGGACGAUUCCAACAUCUUCUUUAACUCUGGUUGUCUUAGCCAUCAGAUUUGCCAGUUGAAAGCUCAAACGUCACGGUCAUUUCGUUCCCAGAUCCAUAUCUGUGAGGAAUGUUGUGGAGUCGACAUGUGUAACAGUCACUUGUGUAAUCAGACUGUGACCACGCCAACCCGUCAAUGUUACGUUUGUAGUGACGUUGCCAACCCACGUGAUUGUACCAACAAAAUAACAUGCGCACAAGAUGAGGAAUGCUUUACUCAGGAAUUCAUUGCGUCAAAUUUCCAGAAGCGAUACAGGCUGAGCUGUGAGUCAAGGCAGAGAUGUAAGAUACUGAGUUUAUUUGGAAGGAAGCGAUCUACCUCACAGCUGUGUAAUGAAUGCUGUUCCGGGCCUGGCUGUAACAGACAUCUUUGUCCAAUAGAUUCAUCACCUGUUGGAACAACCCCCGUCAUACCAAACCUCCCUACACCAUGUGUGGAUCACGGAAGUGUGGACUGUGCAAGUCUGGCCCAAUCUGGCCUCCGACCAUGUGCGACUGUCAACAACGUGUCAACCCAGUACUGCCCACACUAUUGUGGCUACUGCUGAACCUCACUCCACACAGUGAAUAUCAUUGAUCAACAUAACGUAUAUUGAAUUUUAUUGUAUUUUAGAAGUGGAAUAUGAGGUUUUACGGUAAACAAUAAAACCAGUAUGUUUGUAGUGUAACACAAAA